UUGAGUUUUUUCCGCUGCCGGCCUGAGCGUUGAAAUUGGUCCUGUAAACGAGAGUACGAGACCAAAGACAUUAAAAGAAGGCAAUAGUAAGCUAAGGUUUUCAUAAAACAAUAUUUGAAAAUCCGUUGCUCGAAAUCAUCUUCUAAAUAUGCCACCUGUUGAAACUAUGGAAGUGGACAGCCCCGUUACGGAGGUUGAAGUGGAAAUUACGAAGAAAGACGUUAAGGAUGUUGAUACAGCAACCACAGAAGAUAUCCGUGAACAACUGAGGCAAGUAGAAAAGUCGGUUAUAACAAAGGAGCCUCGAUUUGUUUUCCGAGUACUGAGGUCGUUGCCUAACACUCGUCGUCGACUGAAUCCCGCUGUAUUACGUCGCAUCAUUCUUCACAGUUAUAGCUAUUCGAUAAAGGAAAGAGACAACUUGCUUAAUCUAGUAGGAGGGGAUGACUCUCUUGAUAUUGCAUCUCCAAUCCAAAGAACAAGAGCUCCCAAACAGGGGACGUCUUCUCCUUUACCUGAAGUUGACGUAUACAUCCAUAUGUUAGUUCUUCUUCAUUGUAUCGAUAAUAAGCGCAUUCAAGAAGGAGUUCUCUGCUCAGACCAAUUAAUGCAGAAAAUAACAGCUCAAAAUCGGCGUACUUUGGAUUUAUUGGCUGCUCGUUGCUACUUCUAUCAUUCUAGGACGUACGAGCUUGCUGGAAAGCUGGAUUCAAUCAGGAACUUUCUACAUAGCCGGCUACGUACAUGUACUCUCCGAAAAGAUUUUGAGGGACAGGCAGUGCUGAUCAAUUGUUUGCUGCGCAACUAUCUUUUCUACAGUCUGUAUGAUCAAGCCGACAAGUUGGUCUCAAAAUCUGUCUUCCCAGAAUCUGGAAGUAACAACGAGUGGUCACGUUAUCUUUACUAUCUUGGAAGAAUCAAGGCUAUUCAAUUGGAAUAUUCGCAGGCCCACACUCAUCUUUUGCAAGCCAUUCGGAAAGCGCCUCAGCAUACAGCAGUUGGUUUCAAACAAACGGUUCAAAAGCUUUUGGUAACAGUCGAGUUGUUGAUGGGAGACAUUCCUGAACGGCAUAUUUUCCGUCAGUCAACAAUGAGACACGCCUUGGCUCCAUAUUUUCAAAUGACGCAAGCCGUUAGGUUGGGAGACAUACACAGAUUCAAUCAAGUGUUAGAGAACUACGGCAAAACUUUCCAGGCUGAUCAUACCUAUACUCUUAUAAUCCGUCUACGCCACAAUGUUAUCAAGACUGCGAUUAGAGCCAUCUCUUUGUCGUAUUCGCGCAUUUCUCUAGCUGACAUAGCCCACAAGCUUUUGUUGGACUCGGCCGAAGAUGCUGAAUUCAUUGUUGCCAAGGCCAUUCGUGACGGAGUUAUCGAAGCUUGGUUAGACCACGAAGGAAAAUUUAUGCAGAGUAAGGAGAGUAUUGACGUCUACAGCACCAAGGAGCCUCAGCUGGCUUUCCACCAGCGAAUCACCUUCUGCCUUCAGAUUCAUAAUCAAAGCGUCAAAGCUAUGCGCUUCCCUCCCAAGGCAUACAACAAAGAUUUGGAAUCAGCAGAGGAACGUCGCGAACGGGAACAACAAGAUUUGGAAUAUGCGAAGGAAAUGGCUGAAGAAGAUGACGAUGGUUUUCCGUGAGUUGUAGGUACUGAAAUCAGCGCGUAAAUGUGAGCCUCUAUGUAAUCGUUCAAGUUGCGAUCCACUUUAAUAAAUCAUCGAGGGAACUCAGGAAA